CACCUGCCUUGCUGCUCCAAAACAACAACAGUGAUGGCAUCUCUCUCAGACGAAUUUACUCUUGAAUCUGUGAAGGAUUUUAUGGUGUCCCGAGGUGGCAGGGUGACAAAUCAUGAACUGGUGAACCACUUCAAGACAUACCUCACCAAUCCCGCGUGUAAAGAGACGGCGAGAAACAAGUUCAAGCAGUAUGUCAACACUCUGGCCAACAUCAGCAACGAGGGCGGCGAGAAGUACCUGGUCCUGAAGCGCAAAUACAGGGUGGGGACGCCUCUGGAUGACGAGUAUGUCACACCAGCCCAGUCACCCUCGGGACCCGCCUUCACCACCCCCAACCAGUUCAACGUGUAUGGCAGCCCUCAACUCAGCUCCCCUCUCUCCCCCGGCACACCUCCUGCCCCUCCCUUACCUGCAAGAGCUACUCCACCAUACAGGGCGCCUCCUCCCUACAGACCACCUCCCCCCGCCACGCCCUCUCAUCAAGGAUAUUUACCACCAGAAGACUUGAAAUUCAGUGAGCGAAGGUAUGACGGCUCGCCGCAGCACUUCAAUGGGCGAAGUGAAACCAGGUACCAUGGUGAUAUUCCUGUGUACCACCCAGGAAGUGAACCCAGGUACCCCCCCGUGGCUGAUUCUCGCUUCAGCGAGGCGAGGUACCCCUAUGAGGAGCCCGCUGACCUGGGAAUUCCCCCGCCUCCACAGACGAUGCGCUCAGCCAGUUCUUUAUCGUCCCUCUCAAGCAGCGUGUCCUAUGGGGGCUCAUCAACGCCUCACUCUCCGGCACCGCCAUAUGGGGGCUAUGGUAACGCCCCUCCCUUGGCUCCCCUGUCAGCUUCGCGCCCCAAGUCCCUCUCCCUCCACCAAAUGUCCUCCCCCUCGGAAGAUGGUGACUCUCAGUCAAUGUCGGCCACAACGGUGUCAUCGUCCUCCACUCCGUCGUCCGAGGAACCGCCGCCCCCAGUGCCACCUCGGCGCAGACAGGCAGACAACAAGGAAAACUUGAGGCCUGCUCCCGACGGGGAAGAAGGUGCAAAGAUUGGGAUGGGGGACGGAAACAGCGAGGACGGGGCCGGCGAAGGCACGGGAGAGGAACGCAAGACCUCUGUAUCUGUGCGAGAACAAACUCAAAAGUUCAACAAACUGGCCUCUGAGUCCCAGCUCCCGUCAUCCUCCUCCCGCGCCUCCUCAAAGAGCAACAGGAGUUCUAGGAGUGAUAAGGACGACGACGACUCCACAUCUAUACUCUCGUACGGGCCAGAGGGUCAGGAGUGGCAGAUUGCCGUCGCCAAGAGUGACUUCAGCGAAAUACUACGGCUGCUCAAGAUUCACCCAAGCCUCGCUCGACACAAGGUACGUGAUGCUGCUGCUGUUGUCCCCGCCGGCCAUCCAUGCGCCCGGUAUGUUGUUGGUCUGACGUGGCAUGGUGGUGGAUAGCAGUAGUCCCGGCGCCGGGAUCCGCUCAGGGUAAGCCGGAUUGGUUAAGGACGGGCCGUUCCGGCUCCACGCACUCACCUCCACUGCCGUCUCUAUCGAUCAGGUUACAGGCCGCCGCCGCCGAGUAGGAGCGCCGCCACCAGAAUAUUCGCUGUGCACCUCAUGACACACCUUUCCAAACCGUACCUUAAAUUAUUUGUGAUACAAUGAUUCAUAUUUGAUACAGGAUUUACGAAGACACUAUAUUAGGAAAGGACUGUAAAGGCAGAGAUUUUAUUUUUCAACAUCUAGUAGAGUUCUUCCCGUGCUACAGUCUGUGUAAGAAAGCAGUCUCUGAAAAA